AAUGGUGGGUGUGGGACGAUGACACAGAAGUAAGAGGAGAACGUGUUUCUAACAUGGUGACGAACUCAUCAGACUCUGACCUCUCCUGCUCACGUCUGUUGUUGACACUCGGUCACUUCCGGUUUUGGUUCCGUGAACACAGAUGUGCGCUAGUUAUUGCGCAGCUGCUGCUCCUCGGGCAAGUCAACGAGACAGACGCUAAAACAAGAUGCAGGUUAUUUGCUGUAAAAAAAAAACAACUACAAACUAUACACAAAAGGUUGUGGGUAUGUUCGACAGAAAUCCUCGCUUUCAAAGGUUUGUCAGCUUUGGCCUGCAGGGUCUGGAUUACAGGGAUGAGGAUGAUGACGAUGUGGAUGAGGUUGAUUUUGGAGUUAGGAGAUGGCUACCUCCACCGAGUUAUUGGACUGGUGACCAUACUCACCUAUCCACUCAAAUUGUUCAGGUCAGAGAGAGCGAGGCUGAACGAAAUGCCAGAUUAUUAGAGGAAACGAGAAAAGGAAAAGAAAAGGCUGAGAAGAAGAAGCUUAAGAAACAGAAUCAGAAGAGGAAAAAACAGCUUGAGAGGGAAAAACGGAACCCCGUAAAAGCAGAGGAGGGAAAAAGGGAUGCACAGCAAUCUAAAGCAGAGGACAAUAAACCCGUUGAAGGGAAACCCAAAGACGAUACCGAUUCCAGUGUAAAAAAGUCGCCUUCAGUUCAGGAUGCAGAGACCAGUGAUGGCGAAUCCAGUGAAGAUAGUGAAACUGAGGAGGACCCCAUUGAAAGUGAGGAACUGGAUAUGACCAGCUCUUUUGUGACUAAAGCCGCUCUCAUAGCCAAGCGUAAAAUGGAGCAGAGGCCGAAGCCUGAGAGGAAAGAGAAGAAGUCCCCGGUUAAAGAAAGUAAAACAGUCCCGGACCGAACUAAAGAAGAGCCAGAGGUUGAAAAUAAGCCUGGUCAGGAUUCUGCUGCCUCUACCGUUGAAGAUCAUAUAAAAAUAAGUACUGAGCUCGCAGUUAUUGGAAAUAGAUAUGCAAGUUCUGGAGACUUUAAUACGGCUGUGAAAUUCUUCACUGACGCGAUAAAAUACAACCCUACAGAGUUUAAGUUGUUUGGCAAUCGUUCCUUCUGUUUUGAAAAGAUGCAAGAAUACGAGAAGGCGCUGACGGACGCCGAGCUGUGUGUUAAUUUGUGUCCAGGCUGGGUUAAAGGCCUGUUUAGAAAGGGCAGAGCUCUGGCUGGUCUAAAGAGAUAUAGGGAGGCUGCUCAGGCCUUCGGUGAAGUUCUCAAACUGGACGGUUCAUAUGCAGAAGCCGCUCAGGAACUUAUGCGAGUGAAGAUAACACAACUAAUGGAGUGCGGAUUCACUCGGGAGCAGAGCUCAAAUGCUUUAAUUAUUCAUGGAACAGUUGAGGAAGCAUUAGCUGUUCUGUCUAACUUAAACCAUCGUCCAGGAGCUUUUCCAAGUGCCACUUUACCGGCGGCUCAAGUCAUGAACAUCACCGGAGUGUCUCCAGUCCUUUCAGCCAGCACACACCCUGCAGUCGCUGCUUAUCCUCCUCAGUCCCACAACGCACUGAAUAACAAACCCAUAGGCCCAGUUCAGAAUAUGUCAAACAUCCAGAGUCAAUACAAACCCGGUCCUCACCAGGCCACGAAGCUCAGCCAUGAAAACAGUGGACCACCAACGGAGCUGUUUCCAGUUUGGGUUGGAAACUUGAUUUAUCCAGUACCCGACUCUGUGAUAACCAACCUGUUUAACAAAGCUGGAUUUGUCUAUAGUGUGAAGGUUCUGGCUCAAAGACGCUGUGCCUUCGUAAACUUUACCAAACGGGAGCAUUGUGAUGAGGCGAUCCGACGCUUUCAUGGCUAUGAACUGGAUGGGAUGAAGAUCGCUGUGAGAUACCCAGACAGGAUUCCUCCAUUCAUGGGCAUUUCAAGAUCUGCCCUCAAAUCUGAUGGCUUUCAGAAUGAAAAUUCAAGGCUAAAUGUUUAUGGAAGCCCACGACCUGUUUACCCUCACAGGCCCAUCCCUGACCACAAAGACGACGAAAAGAACUGACGGGACACGAGAGUUAUAGCAUCUCUGAAUAUAAUCAGAAUCACUCGUACAGAGUUUAAAGGCUUUUACUGCCUUUUGAAGAAGUAUUUGUUUUUAGUUAACCACAGAAACCAACACUUAUUAGUUGCGAUUUUAAAGAAGGAAUUUAUUUGUUCAUGACUACUUAUCUAAAUCCGUGAUUAUCUAUUAUAUAUAUUUUUGGAAAAGAUGUAAUACGAUAUCUGACAAGAUGCUGAUUUGCAAAGAAAAAAAAGUUUAAAUGUCAGGGAAGGAGGUAUAUCUGAUUUACCAAUUUACAUAUAGAGUUUUAUUUUCUAAACUGGGAUUAUCAUAUUUCCUACAGAUUCCUGUGUUCAAAAUGUAUUGCACACUGUUGGAGUGCUAAAAACACAGUGUGAAAUGAAUGUCUUAAGUUCUUUAUUUCAAAAGUAUGUUUUUUAAAAUCAUUUAUAUACACACUGAUCCAGAAAAAAAAAACAAAGGUAUUGGUGUCGGGAGCUUAUUUACAGCCAGUAUCUGAAUGAACUGUAUUUACUUAUUAUUCUUUCUUUCAAAAAACCAAAUAACAAUUGUCGGUAACACACCAGGGACUAUUUUGUUGCCGACUUGGUAAAAGUUUAAUUUCUCAAAGAUCAUUCAGGAGAUGACUUUAAGGUUCCAGUUCAUUGUCAUGAGGCGGCAUGAGUUCUUUUAUGCAGAAGCACUAAUUCAUUCAUUUUAAGGCUUUGGUCUCAAGCCAAGAAUUAAAGAUUCUUCCAUAUUCAAAGAA